AAAACAGAAGAUAAGCCUCCAUUCUUGCUAUUUCCAUUUCCUUCCCAAAACCAACAAACACAGAAAUGGCGACGCUGUCAAUGGACAUAGCCACAACUUUCAUCAACUUCACCACUCGUUGCGGCGGUGUUCGCCGCCCUCCAACCGCACCUCUCUCCGGGGUCAUCCCUCUCUUCUUCAAACCCUCUACCAUCCAUACUCGGUCCCUUUCUUCCAAAACACUGUCGCCUUUGUCUCGCUCUGUUUUAUGCACCUCCAAAGCUAACCGCUUCCGCCAGUUCUCUGUAUCCGCCACAGCCACUGCUACUCCGCAAAGCGAGGAUUCCGACGUUUGCACUAAAAUUCCGCCUGAUAAUCGUAUUCCCGCCACCAUAAUUACCGGCUUUUUGGGUUCUGGCAAGACAACAUUACUCAAUCACAUCUUGACUGCAGAUCAUGGGAAGCGCAUAGCAGUGAUAGAGAAUGAGUUUGGCGAAGUAGAUAUUGAUGGCUCUCUUGUCGCUGCUAAAUCUGCCGGGGCUGAGGACAUAGUCAUGCUUAACAAUGGCUGUCUCUGCUGUACUGUAAGGGGCGACCUUGUGAGGAUGAUUGCAGAGCUAGUCAAUAGGAAGAAAGGGAAAUUUGACCAUAUUGUAAUAGAGACUACAGGAUUGGCAAAUCCUGCCCCAAUCAUUCAGACAUUUUAUGCCGAGGAUCAGGUUUUCAAUGAUGUCAAGUUAGAUGGUGUUGUAACUUUAGUUGAUGCCAAACAUGCGACCUUUCAUCUGGACGAGGUCAAACCAAAGGGAGUGGUCAAUGAGGCAGUAGAGCAAAUUGCUUAUGCUGACCGCAUAAUUGUAAACAAGACUGAUCUUGUUGGCGAGCCAGAAAUUACGUCCUUGGUUAAGCAGAUAAGGAACAUUAAUAGCAUGGCUCAUCUCAAGCGGACAGAGUUUGGAAAAGUUGACUUGGAGUAUGUGCUUGGAAUAGGAGGAUUUGAUUUGGAGAGAAUUGAGAGUUCCGUCAAUGAUGAAGGUGCAAAAGAUCAUGAUCAUGACCACAAUCAUGAUCAUGGCCACGAUCAUCACCAUCAUCAUCAUCAUGAACACGACCAUAAACAUGAUCAUGAUCAUACUCACGACCCAGGAGUUUCCUCUGUCAGCAUAGUUUGCGAAGGGAGCUUAGAUCUUGAGAAGGCUAACAUUUGGCUCGGUACAUUGUUGUUGGAUCGUAGCGAGGACAUUUAUCGGAUGAAAGGUCUUCUUUCUGUUCAGGGCAUGGAUGAGAGGUUCGUCUUUCAGGGAGUUCAUGACAUAUUCCAAGGAUCACCAGACCGGUUAUGGGGAGCGGACGAACCGAGAGUAAACAAGAUUGUUUUCAUCGGGAAGAACUUGAAUGCAGAGGAACUGGAGAGGGGUUUUAAAGCUUGUUUACUGUGAUGAUUUGAUCCUCUGAGCAGAGUAGACCAUUGCAUUUUGACCUUAUAAUAUACCUAGAGAUAGAUAUAUAAAUAUAAGGGCUCCUAUUUCUUCUGGCAUUUAUGGAUAGAGAAACAUACGUGCUUGAAUGUGCAAGGUGGGAAACAACAAUGUUAUUUAUUUUCAUCAUUUAAUGUUUGUAGAGAGGUUUCCGACACUAUUGUUAGGAAAUAAA